GUAGAGGACUCCACAGCAAGGACAGCGCCCGUGGCUAAGAGGCUCGGCAACAAUAUGGGCUCAGAACAGAGCAAAGGGCAGGCGAAAUCAACCUCCAACCAACCAUGCAAGGCUUACGGCCUCAACUGUGCGAUCUGCGAGGGCAUCUUCUACGACCCCGUGUUCCUGCCGUGCGGCCACACCUUCUGCCGCAUUUGCUUCGACGUCCACUGGGAGCUGGAACGGACGCGGAAGAAAUGCCCCUGCCCGCAGUGGACGUGCAAUCUGCGCUGGGAGUGGAAGCCGAAAUUGCGGACGGACGAGGAGCUGAGAGCGCAGGCGGAGCGAGCGAGGGAGAACCUCGUGUCGUCGAAACUUUGCGGCGACGGAUCGGCGUGGCGGGCAAACGAGCGGUCCCAAGCAUGCAGGAAGCUCGUGGAGACAUUUCCCGAAUGGAGGACGAGGAGGAUUGAGGUCUUGAAGAUGCUCUUCAAGAUGAUCGUUCAGCUGAGGAAGAGGAAGCGAGACGGCAAAAUCUCCAAAGCGACCGGCGCUUCUGCGGGCAUCGUCGGCGGUGCCAUGGUCAUUGCCGGCUUGGCCCUCGCCCCGUUGACCUUCGGCGCAUCUCUGGGCCUCACCAUCGCCGGCACGGCCACGGGGGUGGCCGGAAGCAUCACGGCUGCGGGGUCGUCGAUCGCCGUGCUGGUGAUGAACAAAGCCUCGACCAAGGAGGCGAGAGCGAAUGUCGAGAAUGAUAAAAUUGCCGGCGAGAGGUUCGCCGAAGUGGUGCGGUGGGUUUACUCGGUGGCAACUGAGCGCGACGUCGUGACCAUGGACACGCUGGUGUCCGAGAGCGUGUCCGUCAAGGGAGGCAACAGAAGCGCCCUCGGGCACCGCGGAAACAGCCAAAGUCACCAUGGGCGGAAUGAUGAUGGCAGGCGGCACGAUGAAAGGGACGAUGGACAUCGUCAAAAGCUCAAGUGCGUUGGUGAGGAUGGGUGCGGCGGGCUACAGCAACAUGGGCAACUGCUUCUCGUUGGCAGUGGUGAAAGGCAGCAAUCGGAUAACUGGAUUCGCAGUGGCCGCCAGGUUCCUCGGCUGUCAACAUCCUGAACCUGAUCUCGGCCUCGAUCAGCGCGCACAGGAACAACCCGUCGCAGAUAGAAAAGCACUGGCAGGAGAAGUACAGCGACUUGAAGUUGCACCUGAUCGGAAUGGCGAAGAUCAACGAUUACUUCGAGAGAAAUAGGAAUUAGAUGAUGGGUAUCCACCCCCUCGAUACGUACGGCAAGGUCUCAGAGUACACGAUGGGGGCUCAGCAUACGUGGUUCCCGCUCGUACCGCGACCGACCACCCCCGAUUCGUACUUACACUUGUACCCGUAUCACCCGCGCAAGAAACGAUUCCACCCAGCUAUAGCAUAUUUCAUAUACCGUAGAAUACACUCGUAUAGUCAUAUAGUAGUAUAUUAAUAAAGUAGUACAUAGUAGUAUAGUAACAUAGUAGUAUAUAAUAGGGUAUACAAAGUAUAUCGACUCUCGUGUAGGUGAACCCCAACUUAUGGAAAUUCGUGCUAAGGAGGGGACACACGGAACCCGACCCCCACCACGUACUCUGAGACAUUACUGUGUAGACACACACACGCAAAUAUACACUCUGAUACAUUACUGUGUAGACACACACACAUAUACACUCUGAUUCAUUGCUGUGUAGACACACACACAUAUACACUCUGAUUCAUUGCUGUGUAGACACACACAAAUAUACACUCUGAUACAUUACUGUAUAGAUAUAUACACACUCUGAGACAUUACUGUAUAUAUAUACAGUGAAACGUCACUGUAUACACACACAGUGAAACAUUACUAUAUGUAUACAAUGAGACCUCACUGUAUAGACACGAAUUGACUGCGUUUUUCAGGAACCGCGUGUAAAGACGCACAUUUAGCAAACCGUAGAUUGGCUUUUCCCCAUUGAUUUAGAAUUAGACGAUCAGGGCUGUGAAGUGAGACCAUUGUGUAGCUGCUCUUCCCGAGCUGUCAAUGCUCUGAGACGUGUGGAAUGGUUCUUGUGCUGGUCGCCUUUUGGCGUCGUUCUCUGGUCUCCCAUUGCUGGUGAGACUAGGCCCUAAAGAAGGCUGCUGCCUCUGGUGUAGGCCAUUCAGUUACCAAGACAAUGGCAUGUAACAUUGUAGUUACAUUAUUAUAAAGACAAUGUCUACUAAGUAAUAAUAUAUUAUACUGUCUACUGACACUGGUAGUGAGACAAUGGUGGUGAGACUAGGCCCUAAAGAAGGCAGCUGCCUCUGGUGUAGGCCAAUCAGUUACCAAGUCAAUGCCAUAUAACGUUAUAAUUACAUUAUAAUUAAAGAUAAUUUAUACAUAAGUGACAGUAUUAUUAUCCUGGUCUACUGACACUGGCAGUGAGACUAGCCCCUAAAGAAGCCUGCUGCUUGUCACUCGUGUAGACCAAUCAGUUUCCAAGACACUGCCAUCAAUAUACGACCAGAGACAUGGAUUUUGUUUGCCUGGUCACCACAAGUUCCGUGUGGUGGUAAAUGCAGACAGUUGAUUCCUUGCAAAAGUUUUCUGUUUGGUGUUUGAACAUCUAAACACGACUUCCUGCUGUUUCACUACCGCCAGAGAGGGUACACAGCACCCAUUCUUAGCUGUUCACAACGAGCGGCGUAUUUCGAAUAAUCAUUCAAACACUAUGCCUAACCCCAACAACAACAUCGAUAUACAGGGUGCUUCAAAUUUGUUUACCACUUAUAUGGGACUAUCGUGUUUAAUGGAAAAAGAGCGGAUAAUAAUGGACUGUAAACACAAUAACAAAUGUAAUGUUAAUAGCUUCAAAAGUCAAAGAGUCUCCCACUUGUUCGCCAUCGUUGUCAACGCGCGCCUGGAAUCUUCUCCAGAUGGUCUCCAGAGGCACCGCCUACAUCACUGUUCACACGUAAAUAGUAAAACGAUUGAAUGAUAAUUAAUUUACAACCCAAAACAAUAAUAUCAUAUACACACACACGUGUACACCCACACACGUGUACACACACCCACACACGUGUUAACCCACCCACACACACGUGUACACACACACCAAACGUGUGCACACACAAACACGUGUACACACACACAAUUACACCCACCCAUACACACGUUUACACACACCCACCCACGUGUACACACCCGCUCACAUGUACAUACCCACACCACACGUUUAAACACAUCCACUUACACGUGUACACACACACGUGUACACACACACACGUGUACACACACGUGUACACAUGUGUACGCACACACCACACAUGCACACACACACGUAUGCACACACCCACACAUGCACACACCCACACAAGUGCACACACAUCAUCUUCUAAACCUCUGUGUGUGUGUGGUAACUUUUAUGUUGCUUAUACCUUUAAUUUGUGUAACCAUUUCUUGAUUUUUGCUUCCUGUUUUAGAUUUUGAGCUGACGGGUUUCAUGUUGACGUUGCUCGUCCAAUUUAUAUUCACAUUCCUCGUUGCUUUUAAUUCAUUCUUAUUAUCUGACGCAUUUUUAAUUCGCUGUAAUAUGUAACAACAAUGAAUAUCGCCAUGCAUACGAUGUAACCCUGAAUGAGAUUAUGCAAGGAUAAUUAUCGUAUUCAGCACAGCGUUGUGAGUUGCAAUGAGCAUGGAUGAAGAUCAACAUACAACUGACAUUGUCAAUGUCGAAGGCUCGCUGCUGGCAGGAGGUCACGGGACGGACCCUGCAGGUGCCAUGGGUUGUAUUUCUGUGCCAGGCUAAGUGCAGGAGGAGGUCACGGGACAGACCCAGCAAGUGCCAUGGGUUGACCGACUGAGAUGACUUUCAAAUACACUACCUAUGCCCCCUAAGUGCCAACUUGCUGCGCUUUAUCUGCCCGGCACUCUGCUCGUUGUUUUGAGCGUCGCACCUCUGCCCUCUGCUGUUACUGGAGGGAGACUGCCUCCAACUGCCCAGUAGCAGCGUCCUUCACGAGCCUCCUCCACAGAGGCCGAUCUUAACACCGCUGGUCCCAGUCAUUGGCAAGUCCACUCAGCUCCACGUCCUCCUGUACCACAUGACUCCAUCUCUUCUGUAGCCCAUGCCGCGCCCAUUUAGCCCCCUCGGUCCGGCCGAACAAAAGCUGUUUGGGCAUGCGGUGAUUGGGCAUGCGGGCCUGCCGGAGGAGCUCACCGAUGGGACUUUGUCCAGAUCUUUCAAGGAUUUGUAAGCUUCUCACACAAUCCAGCCUGCAGGUUAAACCUUGCAUGGGUCGUAGGCAGGGCAACCUCAAUAUUUCUAACUGGCGAAGAUGUACAAUUAUGGGUGGGGGGGGGGUCCACGUUUCUCAAGCAUAGAGAAGGGAGGGAAUGACCAUGGCCGAGGAGACCUGGAACUUUGAGAUGUAGUUAACAUUUUACUACGGGCACCCAACAUUUGGCCAAUAUUAUGACCUCUAAGCUGUGACAUUCCAUGUGAAAAGUACGUGCACCGCUUAUCGCAAAUACUAAUCAUGGUUUAUUAAUCAAUAAAAGCCUUUGUCCAAUCAC